AUGCAAGGGCAAAUACUACAGACGUGCAUAGAAGUGGCCGCCGAGACAUUUGAAGAGCGGGUGACCAUGAAGGUGGAUGUGGCCCACACCGAGCACAGCCACUUGAUUGGCAAAGGAGGGCACUGUGUUAAAGCCAUGAUGUUAGACACACAAUGUCAUAUCCACUUUCCAGACUCAAAUCGUUCGCCCAAUGUCCUUGAAAAGAGCAAUCAGGUAUCGAUUUCUGGUCGACCACUUGACGUUGAGCGCGCACGAAGAUGCAUCAGGCAAAUGUUACCAUUGGUGUACAUCUUCACCAUCCGGAACGCCUCACCCAACGCCCUGACAUUCUACCGGACCUCUUAUGUUGUGCAACUCCUGGAGACAAAGUUUUCAGUUGAGAUCAGUUAUCGACACUUCUAUGCCUUCCCCUUGAGUGAUUUGAUUUUCCAGAACUGCACCCAGGACAAUUAUUUCUCAUCCUCAAACACAAUCAUUGUUAACGUUCGUGGACUUGCGGCGUUUUCGCAGCAAGUCAUGGAGGCCACAAAGGUUUUACUAGAACACCACUUUGGUCGGUCUGCGGGUCAAGCAAACGUCUGGAUGACACUCGAUGUCGAGCCCAAGCACCAGGCGGCCCUUCUCAGCCACACGGCUCCCCGCGGACUGGCCGAGGUCCUGUAUGAGACCACAGGGGCGCGGGUUCGCUUCUCUCAAGAGCACCUCUCGGCCGCGCCGCUCUCACCGCUGCAGCGCCGAAGUGGGUUCUACGCGCCCCGGCUCUGUCCUUCGCCAAUGGAGCCGUCCGCAUUGUCAAGCUACCAGCGACCUGAAGCCCGAACAAUGGUCACCAUUUCCGGCAGCGUCAGCGAAUGCUUUCUUGCACGCCAAACUAUUAUGACCUUACUUCCAGUUACCUUGAUCGCUGAAAUUACUAACGAAGAGGGCUUGUUGUUAUCGCGAUUGGACUUUCGCAGCUUCAAAACCUCCCACGACGUCAGCGUCUCCCUUCGCACAAAGUCCCGACAAUCCUUCCGACAAUUGUUAAUUCUGAAAACAACCGAAGCCAACGUGAACUCCCUCUACAGCGUUCUUGGUAACUUAAGAACAAUAUCACGCCUUCGCGGUCGACAUGUGCGUGACCUCGACGCAAAGCAGACUCCAUGCCCAGCAGAAGUCCCAACCUCCCCCAGGCUCAAUCCCCGCGUCUCGCCUUCUAAGAAGGCAACGACAACGCGACAGCGGCUUCGCUAUCCCAUUCUGGGCCGCGCCGUGGCACCUUGCGCCGACGACGGCCAAAGGCACUCGCCAUUUUUUCCCUCUCUGCAGUCAGGUGUUGCCUUGGACAAUGCGGAAACCUUCAUCCGUCAUUCAGACCUUUGUUCCAAUUCUCCAACAGGUUGGAUCAAACACGGUGUUCUAGCUGUUCCCUAA